GAGGAGGGCGGUGGUGCAGACGAGGGUGUUGCAGAAUUGCUUGAUUGCUGUUCGGCGGACGCUUAAGCGUGGUGGGGAUGCUCUGCUUGCUGCGAAGGUAUUUGUGCUGGCCAGGCUUUUGAUCAAGAGUGUUGCGGAGAGUUCGCGGCCGCCGGCUGUUCUGGACGAGCUUCGACGGAAGCUGAAUGCCACCCGUACUCGGCUUCUUUCGUACAUUGAGAGGAACAUGGCGAGAGUGUCUUUGGACAAGGCGAGGCUCCCUCGGGUACUUUGCGGCUAUGUUCUCGUCACAAGCUCGACGCCACGCCAGGUCCUUCGACAUUUUUUGCAGAUGCGGCUGGACGAGCUCAAUAGAGCCACCGAGACGCCGUCCGAAUCGCACGUCGUGCAAAUGCUGGAGCUAUACACUCAGACCUUGGCCGACACCCGCGACCUCUUCCCGCGUCGAUUUGCAGAUUUGCUCGCUCGCGUUUCGAAAGGCCCACUUGUGCAGGAUGAACAAGUAACGAGCCUCUUCGAGCUGAAUCUCGACAUCUACAGCUCGUGGAUGCCUGAGGAUUUCCAGACAUUCACCCCUUGGUUCCGGCACGAUCAUCUGGUAUCGACUGAGGUGACUGAUGCUCUCGCCGCGUGGACGCAGCAGGCGCGAUCCUGCGUGUUUGAGGGUGUGGCGGAGUAUCUGUCUGGUGAGGACGAUGCGCAGACGAUUCUGGAUGCACGGCAGAAGUUCAUCUCCAACUUUAUGGAAAUGAGCAAUACGACCAAAGACGUGGAUUCUACGGAGGUGGUACAAGGUGUGCGACUGGCUUUUCUCGAGAGAUUGUCCGAGCUUGCUGCACAAGCUGCAACCGUCGACGAUCUCGCAAUUGGAGAUGCUGAUGAGCCUGCUUUACCGACGAGCGAAUCUUUGUCAAGCCUGUGGGACGUGGCGACUGAGGACUACGAUCUCGCACAUGGAGCGUUCGGCUUGCGCCGAGCUCUCCUGGAUGCACGACACGGCAGGGACAAGAAGCUGCGAGUGGAGAUUGAGAAGCUCGACGCAUGGAUGAAGCGACUGAACGACUUCUUAGAUGUUGCCGAUGAGAUGAGCUCGACGACUUGGGAGGACAAUUCCGAUUUUCACCUGGACGAUACCAACGGUGAUGACUCUUUACAGCAGAUCCUGAGCAAGCAAGAUCCGGAGCAGCUGCGAAGCAGAUUACGAACAGUGAUUCAGGACUCGUUGACGCGCAUUCGCACUCAGCUGGAUGCUGUAGCGCCUUCGACCAACCAUCCUGCGUUUUACAUUCGCAUCUGGAGAGAGAUUGACUGGCGAUGUCAAGCUUUGGACAACAGAUUGAGCAUCCCGAGCGACUCGUUCUCCGUUGCUGAGCUGCACCGCAACCUUGCACAGUCGUUGUCCAAAGCCGUCGUACCGGCAGCGAUUGAACUGUCCAAGAAGCGUCGUCACGUACCUACCACGCUCUGGGAUGGCAGUCCACCGCUGCCCAUUCAGUGCUCACCGAUGAUUAUCAAGUUCUUGACGAAACUCCAUCGAGCCAUGGAAGAGGGCGGGACGGAUGUCUGGAACUUGCACUGCGUAGCCGAGGCGAAGAAGGCCAUUGCUGAUGCAUUGGAACAAGGGCUAGAUGACCCGGAAUUCACGCUUUGUUCCUCGACUGACGUCGUCAAGGGAGAAGUGUUGACCAACGGGCAUUCCGAGGAUAACGAGGCGAAUGGACACGUUGAGGAAGAAAGGAGUCCUGCACAGGAUGAAAAAUCAGAUCGACUGGAAGCGCGUCAACGAGCACGGAUUGUGCAGAAUCUCUUUGACACCCUCUAUCUCGGUCAAGUGUUGGCUGACGGAGAGGCCUUCCACAGCCUUGUCGAGAAGCUCACGAAAAAUGGGGAAGUUGAUGAAGGGUCGCUGGAGCGGUUGAGGAAGAGCGCGAGCGAGUACUGGCGGAGGACGUACUUGCUGUUUGGAGCGUUGGCAGCCUGACGUAUGCUCACAAUCCUCGUUGAUCCUACACCUACCUGUACGCAUCUGCUUCAGGCACCCUGGUAGAGAGGUGGAGGCGACGUGAGACAUGUAGUGGAUGAGGUAAGCAGCGCCUUACCCGACGUGGCGCCUUAGCGUGGUGGGCGGGCGCACGCGCGCGCCUGUGAUAGGCUGCGACACGAGACACAGAUGAAACACGGAGGCCGCCAACCGCCC